GGGUAUGUAAAGCGCGGUGUUUGAAUUGUAAGAAAACCGUGUGUGUAAGUAGUUAGCAAACGUAGAGAUACAAAGCAAGGAGUAUUGAUACAAAGUCGUGUUUAGCUAGCUUGUGAUUCCAGCAGGGUUUCCACGACGAUCACAAACUCGGAACAAGAUCGUUGGCUAUGGCGUAUUUGGCGUCUCCAAGUGGACCCUUUUCUGAUGACGAAGACAUGCCCGUCCUCGAGUCUACGGCAGCAGACAUGGGGGGACUUGCAGGUCCGCUAUUCAAGGGGAUCACUCCACCGGAGCUAUCCAUCAUUUCCCCCGGGCUGGAACCUCGAGAGAAACCAGUCGUGAAGACUGGAGGGCCUAGACAAGGAAACAGUGAGGAGAAAGUCAAUGUUUAUCUGCGCGUCCGGCCACUGACUGACGGGGAGAAGGAAAGGGAGGAGGACCAGGGUUGCGUACACGUUCAAAGCGGCGACACGGUGAUCCUCAAAGCCCCCAAGGACUCUCAGAACAUGAAGAGCGCAGAAAGGGGAAUCACCCAGAGCAUCCACAAGUUCACCUUCACACAGAUUUCUGGGCCAGAGACAAGCCAGCAGGACUUCUACGACAGCACCAUGAAGGAGAUGGUGAGGGAUGUUCUGCACGGAGAGAACCGACUUCUCUUCACCUACGGAGUCACUAACUCUGGGAAGACCUACACCAUCCAGGGGGUGGGCCGUGAGGCGGGCCUGCUGCCCCGAGCGCUGGUGUCCGUGUUCGGGAAGCUGCGGGGCCGGCUGUACGGGCCGAUGGACCUGAAGCCCGUCCUCUCCCAGGACGUGAGGCAGCUGGCCCCGGGGGAGGUGCGGGUCGAGGAGCGCCGCAAGGACUCCCUGCUGAGAGAGGAGGAGUGUUCCCGCAUGAGGGGCGGCGGCGGGGGGAACAGCUCCACGUGGGACAGCGGUGUCGGAGGUCUGUCCACGGCCAGCCACAUCGCCUCCCAGAUGGAAGAGGCCGACAGCGUGUGCCUGGACCCGGACAGCCUGUCUCACAGCGGCGGCGAGGACCUGGAGCAGGACGCGCUCUUCUCCGUCUGGGUGUCCUUCUACGAGAUCUACAACGAGUUCCUGUACGACCUCCUGGAGGCCCCGCCCUCCCAGCAGCUCAGGAAGAGGGCCACCCUGCGCCUCAGCGACGACAAGCACGGCAACCCCUACGUCAAGGAUCUAACCUGGAUCCAGGUGAGUAGUGCUGAUGAGGCCUGGAGGGUCCUGGGUGCCGGACGCAAAAACCAGAGCUUUGCCAGCACCCAUCUGAACCACAACUCCAGCCGCAGCCACAGCAUCUUCUCCGUCCGCCUGCUGCACGUCCUUCCGGAGGGCGGCCGGGGCCAGGCCACACGGAUCAGCGAGCUGUCGGUGUGUGACCUGGCGGGCUCGGAGCGCUGUAAGGAGCAGCGCAACGGCGAGCGCAUGAAGGAGGCCAACAACAUCAACACCUCCCUGCACACGCUGGGGCGCUGCAUCGCCGCUCUCCGUCACAACCAGCUACACAGCAGGAUGCGAGCCCCUCAGGUGGUCCCCUUCAGGGACAGCAAGCUGACCCGGGUCCUGCAGGGCUUCUUCUGCGGCCGCGGGCGCUCCAGCAUGGUGGUCAACAUCAACCCGUGCGCCUCCACCUACGACGAGACCUUGCAGGCCCUCAAGUUCUCGGCCAUCGCCACGCAGCUGGUCCACGGGCCGUCCACCAAGACGCGCGUGGCCUACAUCCUGUCUCUGCUGCGCCAGGCGGCGCCCAGCGACAGCACGCUGCUGGAGGAGGAGGAGGAGGAGAGCGACCAGGAGGAGGGCGACAUCACCAUGUUCGAUUCCGAGGCUCUCCUGCGGGCCAUAGACGUUCUGAAGGGGGAGGUGCAGCGCCAGCGGGAGGAGAAGGAGGCCCUGGAGGCCAGCGUCAGGGAGCAUGUGGUCUCCGAGAUGAUGGAGGUCAUCACCCGCAUGGAGAACGACUUCAGCGAGACCCUGGAGACAGAGAGAGCGCUGAUGGAGGAGCGGUUCGAGGACAAGAUCAACAACCUGAAGAAGAACUUGAGAAAGUACUACAGCCAGGAGCUGGAGGAGCGAGACGAAAUCAUCAAGUCUCUGAACGCCGCCCUGCCGGAGGACAGGCACGGCUCCCAGUUUCACCAGCCGGCCCCCGCCCUCCCGCUGUUCCCCCCCCUGGGGUUGGAGGGCGACGGCGAGGGGCCUCGCCGCUCCCAGCGCCUGGCCGUCACCGUGGAGACGCGGCGGGCCAACACAGAGCUGGAUGAGUGUCGGAAGGAGCUGCUGACUAAAACUCAGGAACUGCGACAGCUCAAGGCGCAGCUCACCCUGCCCGGAACCCCAGGAACCCUCACCCACGCCGCCGACCGCAAACUGGAGGAGGGGCAGCGGAACCUAAGGCAGCUGCGUGCCGACCUGCAGAGGCUGGGCCAGGACCUGCAGUCUGGAGAGCGAGCCUGCUGCCGCAACACCGAUGGGGAGAGACUGCGUCAGACGCUGGCCAGCGCAGACGACACACUCGCCAAACAGGACCAGGCCCUAGUGGAGCUCCAGAACGGCCUGCUGCUGGUGAAGGCCGAGCUGCGGCGGACGGCCGAGAGCCUGGCCCAGCUGCAGCUCCAGCAGCCCCCCUCCUCCGCCGCCCCCUCCCCGACGGCCGCCCCCGGCUCCUGCAAGAGGAGGGGCUGCGCGGCGGCCAAUGGCGAGAACCAGCCCCCCACGGAGAAACGCACCUUCUUCCGGUCGGUGUUCCCCGCUCGCACGCCGGCGCGCAAGGGGGGCCGCGACAACGCGGCCACGCCCUACGCUCAGGUGCUGCGCUCGCGGCAGGCCACCCCGCCUCCAAGCCCCCAGCUGUCCUACCGCAAGUACUGAGUCGAAGCCGGAAAACCGAGGAUAUCUCAACCCUGCCUGACUACUAUCAUGCUCAAGUUAACCAAAAUAGCCAGUGUACAGUAUAUUAUUUUGCUUUUAAUAGCAAUAUAGC